AUGGCCGCUACCGCCUUAUCUAAGCAUGCCUCCUCUACCCUCUCGGGCAGCGUCUUCCUCAUCACCUCUGACGGGCGGAUUUUGAACCUUCCGAUCCCUUCCAGAUCUUCUCGAGACCCGCUGAACUGGGGUGCAUGGAAACGGGCCUACGCAUUCCUUGCGCUGAUCGUCUUCUGGGUUGUCGCGUUCGUGAUCAUACAGGCUCCAAGCUUAAUGUUCACCGAGUUAUCAGAGGAAUUUACAGCAGAAGAUAUAAAACCAUUUCGGCUUGACGUUCUAGUGUCAGCUCCUACGCUGCUUCUAGGGAUUGGAGCUUUUAUAUGGAUUCCACUGUCGCUGGCAGUAGGGAGAAGACCGGUAUUCUUACUCUGCACUGGGAUACUGACCGUGGCGACUAUAUGGGCUGGGGCUACCAAAAAUUUCUACCAACUUUUGGUAGCAGUAUGUCUACAGGGACUCGCGGCGGGGAUUGUUACUAGUACAAUAUUUCUGAUGGUUAUUGACAUCACCUUUAUUCACCAGCGUCCUCAAGGCAUCUCUGCCUUUUGGUCUCUCGGCGGCGGCGUAUCCCUCGCCUGUCUCUCGUUAAUCCCAGAAGUUGUCAGAUUUGGUUCUACAUGGCGUACUUUCUAUAGACUUUGGACAAUACCCUCUCUCGCCGCCUUCCUUCUGGCAUUCUUCUUUUACCCGGAGACAUAUUUUCAUCGCCCUGCUGUUGCAUUCGAUGGACAUGUACUCAUGCAGAGCGCAACGGAGAGAGUCGAGAUCUAUGAAGAUUGGGAGGAGGUGCCUGGAGGAAAGGCUCUGCCGCAACUACCGGAAAAUUCGAAAUUGGCGGCGUCAAUUAAGGAGCUGAGAGUCUGGGGGACUAUCAACGGAGGGUGGAAGUCGAUGUUGGCGUGUUAUUCCCAGAUUUUGAUGUGUGUCUUUAAUCCUCUGAUCUUUUGGGUGACAAUUGUCAAUGCGGUUGCUUUCGGAGGCAUGCUCUCAAUAGGCAUGACAUAUGCCACGCUUUUGGCCGCCCCUCCUUACUCUCUCCCCGUGGAUGCUAUCGCCCUCGUCAACAUGAGCGCAGCUGUUGGCGCCCUUCUCGCCUGGCCAGCCUCAGGGAUCAUGAUUUCGCGAAUCUCUCGUCGACUCUCAAUGCAAAGCGGAGGAGUCCGCCACGCAGAAUAUUAUCUCCCAGCAUUCGUUCUCCCGAUUAUUUGCGCGGCUGCAAGCGUCAUACUCUAUGGCUUGGCAGGGGAGCGUAGAUGGCAUUGGAUCUGGAUCUACAUUGCCUAUAUGCUGAACGCUUUCAGCUUCGUUGGCCUAGGCACCGCUAAUACGCUUUGGGUUACUGAAGCCUUUCCCCGCUGGGCGGCUGCUGCUCUAGCUAUUGUUGGAGGUGGGAGCUAUGUGAUAAGUUUUGGCAUUAGUUUUGCUAUUCUACCAUGGAUUAAAUCUCAGGGGUUUGCCCGUGCAAAUAUUGAGAUUGGAGUGUUGACUUUAGUAGUUGGGCUUGUUUUGAUUCCGGUAGCCUUUUGGGGGAAGAGUUUAAGGCAGUACAUUCACGGACGAUGGGCUAUGAACGAAGGUGGUGCUUUAAGGCCGCAGUAGAGACAAAAUUACAUGCUUCAAGUAGCUAGAUUCUCAGAUCGAGUCUAUCUCCAAUCAUCCUUUCGUAAAGGCGCG